AUGUCGGUUUUAGAAUUUUACAGCUCGGCUGUGAUCUCCUUUUGUGAGAAAUGGAACGUGGGUUUAGUGGUUAUUGACCCUGAAGUGCGUCUUGUUGCUGGUCUCGCCAGUGACCUAGUUGAAGCCCGUAUCCCCACUUGUGGCCCUUCUUCUCAAGCUGCUGCUAAAUUUUUGAAGAAUCUUUGCCAAAAGUUCAGCAUCCCUACAGCUAAGGAUAAAACAUUUAGUGAUGCAUCUGCUGCGAAAGCAUAUAUUCAAGAACAAGGUGUACCAAUCGUAGUUAAAGCAGAAGCUUCCCGUGGAGAAAACGCCAUUGGAGAUGGAGACACUAUUGUUAGAGGAGAUCCUGAAUGUCAGGUAUUGCUUGCGAGCUGCUCAGGUGGAGAAAACGCCAUUCAUCCAGAAUCUGCUCAGGUCUACAAGCGUGUUGGAGAUGGAGACACCAGUCCCAACACAGCAGGGAUGGGAGCGUAG